UAACCACGUUUGACCUUGCUUCUGAUCGACACCAAACCUCUCUCUCUCUCUCUCUCUCUCUAUCUGAGACAGAUACCCGGAGUGAAGGGUGCUCUCUCUAUGCAACAGUGAACUUUGAGGUCGUCUUUAGUUUCUGGGUCCGAUGGGCAGUUGGAGAAACCGCCCUCCUAGGAGGAAAUACCACCCCUAUCGUUAUCUUUACCGAGAAGGCGCUCACCGUUCCUACCACGACCAAUCCACUCCAGAUAACGUGCCUUCAUGGGAGAGGAGAUUCUGUAGACUGGUCGGAACAAUUUCAUGGGGGAAGAUUGUUUAUUCGAAGAUGCUUCUGAACUACCAUGACAAUAUCUUCCACUGGGAUGAUUCCGCUGCUGAAGAGGCAUUCCAAAAUGCCAAGAAACGGUUUUGGGCAGAGAUCAAUGGUCUCCCUUGUGAUAUCUCUCCGCCUGAUCCAGAUAUUUAUAUGGACGAGAUAAAUUGGAAUCAGGCCAUUGACCCAGAACUUAUCAAGGACCUUGAUAAGCAGUAUUUUAAUCCGGACGAUGUUGAAGAAGACGAAGAGAUGGCGAGUAAAAAGAAAAGGAUCGGGAACCUAGUUGGCUCACCAUCUGAUAGAUGUGAUGUUAAUCCAAAAAACAUCGAAAAUCCUUGGGAAAUAAACAAUUUACAUCAUGGCGAGGAUGUGAAGAAUUCAGCAUGGAGCACAAACUCAUGGGAUAAUGAAAUUUGUGAACCAGGACAUCUGCAUAGUGAUGACAAUCCAUGGGAACAAAGCUACUCUCAGGGCAAUAGGGUGAGGAAAGAAAAUGUGUGGGCCGACGGGGUCAACUUAUCAGGUUGGAACCAGUGGGGAGGCAAUUCUAAUCAGCUGAACAGUGGGAAUUCUGAGAACGAUGAGAAAUGGGCCAAAACUGCCCUUAACUCUGCAGACUGGAAUGCUGCAAAGUCAAGGAAGUUUGGUUCCAAUCCUGAUGCUAUGGACUAUGGCCAUAGUAGAGAAGAUAGAGCUUCAAAAGAUGGAAGAUGGAGAGAGAAUGUGCGCACCACUUCAAGGGGUUGGAAAAACUGGGACGAGCACAAGGAUGAACGGAAAAGGAGCAGAAGGACCUGGGUUCCUAGAGAUGGAGAGGGCUCACGCAAGAGGGGAAGUUCUCAUCAGCACACGUCAAGGUACAGGAGCCCUGGGUUCCAGGGGGACAAUAAACAAGCUAAUCAAUAUUGGAGCAGCGAUAGAGAUAACAAGAGGGUCAGUUUCGCACUUCAGUAAUCUAUAGCCGUUUUUUGGUGUGGGUUACUGCUUUUUGGAAUCUUUGGUUUCAUGAAGUUGUUUGUAUAGAGAGUCCCAAGUUAGAGAUUUGUGCAAUCAGGAAUUAUAUUCAUUCGUUUUUUUUUUUUGGAACUGUGAAUUGCACGUCCAAUUUUGAUGGGCUCUUCAAGGACUGAUGGUUUUAUCCAUGUUUUAGUAGUAGAAAGUUGCUUGUUGCAACAGAAAAGUUUCUGUAUACAGUGCUUCGAACUGUUGUUGUUUCAACAGAAGUAAAGAUAUAUAAGCAGGAGAAUCAUUUCCAUCA